CUGGAAUUUAAAAAAAUCUUUCGUAUCCCAUCCUUUCCUUUUAGUCGCACAGUUACCGCAGUUGGUUAUCACAAAGAGAAGACUGUCAACCCCGCUGGCGAAUAUGUCCGCACGACCGCCCAGACUCCGAAAUUCUUUGACACUCUGCUCGGGCUUGUAGCGACCUACGAGCAGAACUGUCGGUCGCAGGAAGGCCCCUGCAUCUCUCGUGAACUCAUGAUCAACAAGAACGAUGGUUUCGCAUUUAGCUAUUACUCUGGCUCUAAACAGUUGAUCUAUGGGACGCAAAAGAGUCUGCGACUGGCAGUUUCGCGACCCCAAGGCAAGCCCGAGGUGCCCACCAAUGGCAGUCUGCUGCAUGUGGGCGUCGAACACCUUGUAAGGCUGAAUCAAAAGACAGAGUGGGAUAUCCUUGUGAAAGCUCCUUGGAAAGAAACCUACCGACUACAAGAACAGCUAACUCUGAGUUUCAAUUCUGCAGCUUAUAAAUCUGCCGAUGGAAAUUACACGGGGACCCUGGAACUCGGAUCUUGGAAAGGAGACCUCAGUGGCACGUGGAAGACCAGCUUGACUGACGAAGUUUCUGCAACCGUCGAACUUCGCUCAAAGAGGGACCAGAUAUGGGCGGUUUACAACUCCGUCGGCCUCUUCACCUACAGUUUGAGGGCUAAGGGCAAGGGGACGACGCUGGCGUUCAACUUAAAGUGUAAGUUAUUUGCUUGA